AUGGGGAACGAGUCAGAUCACCCUCAGCACGAGCAUGGUAUGGCCGAUCAAGCGUCUCGUCCCUUCACUUCAGUCUUACUGUCGGCACCACCUGUCGCACAAGCUGCACAACAAGAUACCAGUUCUUCUGACAACAAAUCGCCUAGCCUGCUGCAUGGAAGUAGCCUAGUCCCACCUGAAGAUGGCUACGUCUGGAAGGCGUGCGCGCAGAACAUCGUUCCAGGCUGUGGAUAUCCCACCAUGUAUUACAAGUGCACCCAGGAAAACUGUGACGCCAAUAAACUGGUGGUAUGCUCUGCUGAUGGCCAUCAGGUUCUUGAGACGGUUCUUAGUGGUUGCCACAACCACCCACGUCAUCAGCAAUAUUGUGAUCUACCCGUGCUCAAGGUAUCAGAAGCGGAGACUUCAAUGCCUGGGUCCGGGGAGGGAGAUGAUAAGCAACUUUCUAGUUCAAGUGAUAGUGAUGAAGAUGAUGAUGACCAAGCAAGAGUCGAAGAAGCCACCGGUGAUGACAGUGCGAUGGAAAGGCAUGUGCCACAUCCAGCUGAAAGGAUCACUGCACAGACCGGGACUGCAAAUUCUCACCGACAUGCUGGUGGAAAAAGAAGAUCAAAGUCCAAGGUGUGGGGGGAAUUUACUGCUGUGUUAAGAGGUGACAAAAUUCAAUGGGCCGAAUGUAAACAUUGUAAAAUGUGCUUUGGUGGAACAAGCACAGGAAGAACAACCCAUCUGCGGCAGCAUCUUAAGAUCUGUCCAGCGCGGCCUGCAACAGGCCGGAUGCAGCAACAGAGGUCAUCUCCACAUCCUGGUUCCACAGUUGAGAACUUCUGGAAGUUCGAUCAAGACAGGUCUCUUGAAUUGCUCAUCAAAGCUUUAGUGUCCAACCUUUUCUCCUCUCCGUUGACAAGCAGCACAACUUUUAGGCAGUUUUGGGCUGGCAUCUGUCCUACUAAUGAUGUGGUACCACAACGUGCUAUUGAAGAGAAGUUUCUCAGUAUUUUUCAGAAUGAAAAGCUUAAGCUUCAGGAGGAAAUAGCACUUGCACCUGGUGGAGUUUUUCUGACAGCUGCAAGCAGUUCUCUUGAAACUAAGAACUUCAUCUUUUUGACGGUGCACUUCAUUGACAAAGAAUGGAACUUGAAUAGGAAAAUCAUCAGAUGUUGCUUUACCGGGUGUGAAGAAGACUUUGAUGCUGAGUAUUUUGUUAGCAUGGUUCCCAAUUUGCAAUCAUGCCACAAUUUCAUUAAUGGGAAUGUGAGAGCAGCUGAAGAAGAAAUAGUGAAAGAGGUAGUACAAAAUUGGAGGAUUGAGUGGAAGCUUCUAGGAAUUUCAUCACCCAGGUCAUUAGGUGAUGCUGCUGUACCGGCUCUGGAGAAGGAUCUUACAGAACAGAACUAUCUUCUUGCCAAAUGUAAGUUGUUAAAUCUCCCCUGCAUAAUAGAUGCCCUAAAUGACCUUUUUGGUUAUGAAAUCAAGGAAUAUGUCGUAAGUACAAGUCAGAUGUGGUUUCAGUACAUGACAUGCACCCCACUACGUAGGGAUAAAUACAAAGAAAUCCUGUCACGCCUGCAAAUAAGCCGACCUUCUUUUGGUUCGAAGAGAUGGUACUUAACUUUCCACUCAUUGGAAGCUGCUUUGCAGUUUAACAACGAGAUGCCAAAUCCUCAGCUUAUAGACUCUCGAUCUUAUCCAGCUAAACCAUCUUUUGCGCAGCUAAAGGCAGCAGAGAACUUCUGUGAUCUUGUAAGGUCGAUUUACCACGCAGUAAAAGUGGUUUCAAGAACUCGCAAUGGGACCUUGAAUUCACAAUUUCACGCAAUUUGGAACUUGAAGAUGGCUCUGCUCCGUUCAUCUACAAAGGAAAACAUCAACCAAGUUUUUAAUAUUGAACAAAUGAAGCUGAAGUUUGACCAGCUUUGGAGGAAAUGGUACCUAUGGCUGUCGUUAGCUGUUGUUCUCGAUCCCAGAUAUAAAAUAAGGUUUCUUGUUGUUUGCUUUAAGGAAGCCUUUGGUAGUCAUGCCAAAAGGUACAUCUCUGAAGUGCGAGGAAAGCUAUAUGAGCUCUUUCUUCAGCACUCUUGUCAUGUUGAUCCACAAAAUGAUGAGAGCUUUGAUCAGAGAACCAACGAUUUACAGUUGGAUACACAUGGUAGCAUACCAGUACAUGACGCAAGUCAAAAUUACAUUGAGCAAGCAGCACAUGAGGAACUGGGAGAAGUCAUUAGAUACCUUGAAGGAGAGCUUAUUCCUCAAAAUGCCAAUUUCGAUAUUUUGAAAUGGUGGAAGGAAAAUGCUUCGACAUAUCCAGCUCUUGCCAGGCUGGCUCGCGACAUCUUAGCAAUUCCUGGGUCUUCGGUCUCUGCUGAAUCUGCAUUUGAUGAAGCUGAUGAACGGGCGAGUCUUUUCAAUCGGAAGUUGAGUCCUGAAUUAGUUGAGGCCCUCAUCUGUACCCAGGAUUGGAUCAAAUCUUCAGAAAUAAUUUCUGACGAAGUUGGUGGAAACAUAAACAUGCCUGCUUAA